UGGCCUUGCUAAAAAUCCUAAACCUUUUUAUCUUCCGUUCUUUUCUGGCGGGAACAGAAGGAAUGAACCAAACACAGCUCAUCACCAAAACCCUAGUACCUUGAAAUUACUCGUUUCCGUUUCCAGACCCAGAAAAUCGAACAAGAAAAGAAAAAGAAAAACACCUAUUUUCUACCAUGUAUUGGCUAGCUGCCAAAAACGCUGUCGUUUCAUUCCCAAAGUUCCGCUCCAUCUCCCUUCUGCUUCGUUCCCCUGUUCUCAAUCACACUCCAUUUCGCCCCUCCUCACUGCUUCUCAGAAGACAGUUUGGUCAGAUAUAUUGUUUCAAAGACUGGAAGGCUUCGAGAGGGAUCAAGAAAGCUUCAAAGCAAGUUAGAGUAUCAAAUGAUAAUGCACUCAAUGAUAAGGAUCUUUCCCACUUGAUGUGGUGGCAAGAGAGGCUACAAUUGUGUCGGAAGCCUUCUACUCUUCAUCUGGUUAAAAGGCUCAAAUAUUCCAAUUUGCUUGGCUUGGAUGUUAGCUUGAAAAAUGGGAGUCUAAAAGAAGGAACACUCAAUUGGGAGAUGCUGCAGUUCAAGUCAAAGUUUCCACGUGAAGUUUUGCUCUGCAGAGUUGGAGAUUUUUAUGAAUCCAUUGGAAUAGAUGCAUGUAUUCUUGUUGAGUUCGCUGGUUUGAAUCCAUUUGGUGGUUUGCGUCCGGAGAGCAUACCAAAAGCGGGCUGCCCUGUCAUGAAUCUACGACAAACUUUGGAUGAUUUAACACGUAAUGGCUAUUCGGUGUGCAUAGUGGAGGAAGUUCAAGGUCCAACACAAGCUCGUUCCCGAAAAAGUCGUUUUAUAUCUGGGCAUGCACAUCCUGGCAAUCCUUAUGUAUUUGGACUUGUGGGGAUUGAUCAUGAUCUUGACUUUCCAGAGCCGAUGCCUGUUGUUGGAAUAUCUCGUUCGGCAAGGGGGUAUUGCAUAAUUUUAGUCCUGGAGACUAUGAAGACAUAUUCUUCAGAGGAUAGUCUAACUGAAGAUGCUUUAGUUACCAAGCUACGUACCUGUAGAUACCAUCACCUAUUUCUGCAUACAUCCUUGAGACAGAAUAACUCAGGAACUUGUCGUUGGGGAGAAUACGGUGAGGGAGGCCUACUAUGGGGAGAGUGUAAUUCUAGACAUUUUGAAUGGUUUGAAGGCGAUCCAAUCCUUGAGCUGUUAUUUAAGGUGAAGGAAAUUUAUGGCCUUGAAAAUGAAGUUACAUUCAGAAAUGUUACUGUGCCUUAUGAAAAUAGGCCUCGCCCUUUAUAUCUAGGAACAGCCACGCAAAUUGGUGCUGUACCAACUGAGGGAAUACCUUCUUUGUUAAACGUGUUGCUUCCAUCAGACUGCACUGGAUUACCUCGAUUAUAUGUCAGAGAUCUUCUCCUCAAUCCUCCUGCUUAUGAAAUUGCAUCCACAAUUCAAGGUGAUUGUGAUAAGCGAACAUCAUUUGAUUAUAGUGAUUUAAACAAAAACAUAGAAAUUUCUUUUCCUCUUAUAUUGUUACUAAAUUUUGUCCUAAACCGUGGUCUUUGUACAGCAAUAAGCAAACUUAUGAGCAAUGUGACAUGUUCAAUUCCCGAGUUUACUUGCGUUUCAUCUGCCAAGCUUGUGAAGCUACUUGAAUUGAGGGAGGCCAAUCAUAUUGAGUUUUGUAGAAUAAAAAAUGUGCUUGAUGAAAUCUUGCACAUGUAUGGAAACUGUGAGCUUAAUGAAAUCCUGAAAUUGUUAAUGGAUCCAACCUGGAUUUCGACAGGGUUGAAAAUUGAUUUUGAGACUUUUGUUAAGGAAUGCAAAUGUGCUUCAAUCAGAAUUAGCGAAAUGAUCUCUCUUGAUGGUGAAAGUGAUCAAAAAAUAAGUUCCUAUAAUGGCAUUCCAAGUGAUUUUUUUGAGGAUAUGGAGUGUGUGUGGAAAGGUCGUGUGAAGAGGAUCCAUAUAGAAUAUGAAAUUGCAGAAGUUGAAAAAGCUGCUGAGGCCUUGUCGUUAGCAGUUACUGAAGAUUUUCUCCCAAUUGUAUCUAGAAUAAAAGCUACUACAGCCCCACUUGGUGGUCCAAAGGGAGAAAUUUUAUAUGCUAGAGAGCAUGAAGCUGUAUGGUUUAAGGGAAAGCGAUUUAGACCAGCAGUAUGGGCUGGUACCCCUGGGGAAGAACAAAUUAAACAGCUUAAGCCUGCUAUAGAUUCUAAAGGUAGAAAGGUUGGAGAAGAAUGGUUUAGCACAAUGAAGGUUGAAGAUGCCUUAAUGAGGUACCAUGAGGCAGGUGCCAAGGCAAAAGCAAAGGUCUUGGAAUUGUUGCGAGGACUUUCUUCAGAGUUGCAAAUUAAAAUUAAUAUCCUUGUAUUUGCUUCAAUGCUUCUUGUUAUUGCAAAGGCAUUAUUCGCUCAUGUGAGUGAAGGUAGAAGAAGGAAAUGGGUUUUUCCUACUCUUGUCAGGUUCAACAAUUCUGAGAGUAUAAAAUCAUCUGAUGGAGCAAAUGGCUUGAAGAUAAUUGGUUUAUCACCAUAUUGGUUUGAUGUAGCUGAAGGCAGUACUAUUCAUAAUACUGUCGACAUGCAGUCAUUGUUUCUUCUGACUGGGCCAAAUGGAGGUGGUAAAUCUAGCUUGCUGCGAUCCAUUUGUGCUGCUGCAUUACUGGGAAUAUGUGGAUUUAUGGUGCCUGCAGAGUCAGCCUUGAUUCCAUACUUAGAUGCGAUUAUGCUCCACAUGAAAUCUUAUGAUAGCCCUGCUGAUGGGAAAAGUUCAUUUCAGGUAGAAAUGUCAGAGAUUCGGUCUAUUAUUACUGGAGCAACUUCUAGAAGUCUUGUGCUUAUUGAUGAAAUUUGUCGAGGAACAGAAACGGCAAAAGGAACCUGUAUUGCUGGUGGUAUAAUUGAGGCUCUUGAUAACAUUGGUUGUCUAGGAAUCGUAUCCACUCACUUGCACGGAAUCUUUGAUUUGCCGCUUAAUACCAAGAACACCACCUUCAAAGCAAUGGGAACAGAAUAUGUUGAUGGACAAACCAAACCAACUUGGAAGUUAAUAGAUGGGAUAUGUAGAGAAAGCCUUGCAUUUGAAACAGCUAAAAAGGAAGGAGUUCCUGAGACAAUAAUUCUAAGAGCUGAAGUCCUUUAUCAGUUGGCCUAUGCAAAAAAGAAUUCUUCAGAAAGAAUUGACACAAAGGGAAGAAAAUUUUGUUCAGGAACAAGGAUUGGUUGUUCUGAUGAAGCUGAUCUCCAUUUUAGUAACAUUAGUGUGGAAUCUGUCCAUCAUAAGAUUGAAUCAGUGAUGUCAAUGGAAGUUUUACAGAAGGAAAUUGAAAGAAUUGUAACUGUAAUGUGUCAGAGGAAGUUCGUUAAGCUAACAAAGCUGAAAAACACCUCUGAAAUUGCAGAGGUACAGUGUUUUGCCAUUGCUGCUAGGGAGCAGCCGCCUCCAUCAGUUAUAGGUGCUUCAUGCGUCUAUGUGAUGCUGAGACCUGACAAUAAACUUUAUGUUGGACAGACUGAUGAUCUUGCCGGGCGAAUUCGAACUCAUCGAUCAAAAGAAGGAAUGCAGACUGCCUCUUUCCUUUAUUUCAAAGUUCCUGGGAAGAGCGUAGCUUGCCAAAUUGAAACUCUUCUCAUCAACCAGUUAUGUAAUCAAGGUUUCACUCUAGCCAGCAUUGUUGAUGGCAAGCAUCGGAAUUUUGGCCCACCAGAUCUCUUUAUGAAAACUGUGACUGUUCAUUAAUGAAUCAGGAGCCUUGAUCCUAUAUUUUGCCAGAAGGGGAAAUUUUGGGCUCUUCAGACCUUGUGUGCAGUGGCUGCAACAAUUUUGUAUUUGAUGUCUGUUGCAGUUUCAGCCGUCCGUCUCACUAGGCAAGAAAAAAUUACUUUUCUUUCAUUGCCAGUGUACUUAAAUGUACCUUCUGACGCUUUAUUAAUUCAUUUCAUGGACUCUA